AUGUAACAAGUUGAGAAAAAAAAGAAAAGAAAGAUUUAUGUGCGUAGAUGCUGCUUUGGGUUCAACCUUUCUGAUGGCGUUCAUGGAAUUGUAGUCUGGGAUAAUCUCUAUGCUCUAUUUGUGAUAACAACCUCACUUAGCGCAGUAUUUUACUACAAUGAAUAAAACAGGGCAUCUCAAGCUUUCACAGAUAUAUGCAGUGCUGCUUUAUUGAUUGUGAGAGCUGUAAUUGGGAUGAUUACUUGCAGCAAAGGAUUUCAGUAUAUUCACAUGAGAAAAUUUUUUAUAACUCGAGUUGUAUGGGAUAUAGCCCUAUUAAUAGUUAACUGCAUUAUGGUGGCUUUGGAAAUGAUGCCUGUGUAAACUUUCUUUUUGAAUGCGUUCACUCUGUUUCUGAUAGAUGGAUAUUUGAAUUUAGUUAUAUAUUCAUAUAUGGUCCACUCUCAACUUCAAGCUCUUAAGAAGACAAGGAAAAAAUCAGGCGAUCAACUUGAUGAUUUUUAAAUUGGACCAAUUGUAAUGGAAUAAGAAGAGCCUGAUCUGAUAUAAGCUCAUAACUCAGAGUCAUGCUCCAAAGAGGUAUUAUCUGAUCAUGCCAUAAAUAUUGAUUAAAUUCUUAUGCAAACUGGAAUUUUGAAAAAACCAGAGUUAGAGGGUACCAACUUAAUUGAAAAUGAAAUGAAUUUGUGGGAUAAAGCUAACCCUGAUGAAAUUGAAUAAGUAUUGAAUAGAAUAUAAUAAAAUGAGGGAGAUAAUGAAGACCCCGGAACACCUUCUCAUUAUGAUUUUCGAAAGCAAAAUAGCAAUGUUCAUCUAAUUGGUUAAAGAAGAAAUCAAAAACUUAAUUUAGAUGAAUAGAGUAGCUUUGUUAUCAAUUAUGAAAUAAAAAAGAAAGAAUUACCCAAACCAAUUAGAAAAGGAAAGAAGGAAAAGAACGAUUUACUUUAAAUCAAGGGAUAAGAUAGUAUAUAAAAUCAACUUAAAUUAAAUCAACCAUAUGAUAUUGGCUGCAAAGAUAAAAGUGACUUACACAUAUUUAAUUCUGCAGGUAGCUUUCAAAGAGGAGUAAUCUAAACUAUUACAAAUUUGAGUAAUCGCUUAACAGGCCACCACAAGAAGAUCAGUGGGCUUAUUAAACAUGCUGACUCUACCGAAGACUAAAAAUAUUGA